AAACCGAAAUAUGAAGCUUCCUACCCUCCCCCAACUUCAAAAAGUCGCCAUAACUUUUCUUCUUCGGGGGGUUUAUUUUUGUAUAGAUGGCAUUGUCUAUUUCUCCCAAUUUUACCGCUCAGUACCAUUCUCUAUUUUCUAGUUUCAGACCCUCAAGUAACAGAAAAACAAUUGUGGCGCGAAAUUCCAACGGUAAUGAACUCUCCUCCAAUGGUAAUCUCCUGGUCAAGGACAAGACAUCAUUUCCAGGGAAGCCAGAGGCAGAUGUGGUUGUGAUUGGAAGUGGUAUUGGUGGGCUUUGUUGUGCUGGGCUACUGGCUAGAUACAAGCAAGAUGUUCUUCUAUUAGAAAGUCAUGAUUUACCAGGAGGGGCUGCUCACUCUUUUCAGAUAAAAGACUAUAAGUUUGAUUCAGGACCGUCAUUGUUCUCUGGUCUUCAAUCAAGAGGUCCUCAGGCUAAUCCCCUUGCACAGGUUUUAGAUGCAUUAGGUGAAUCACCUCCAUGUGUGAAGUACGAUUCUUGGAUGGUCUAUGUACCUGAAGGUGAAUUCUUGUCACGGAUUGGCCCCACAGAAUUUUACAAGGACCUUGAGAAGUAUGCAGGUCCCAAUGCAGUCGAAGAGUGGAAAAAACUUCUUGAUGCUAUACUUCCACUGUCUUCAGCUGCAAUGGCUCUGCCUCCUUUAUCUAUUCGGGGUGAUCUUGGUGUUCUGUCUACUGCUGCAGCUAGAUAUGCCCCUUCCCUGCUUCAAUCUUUCAUUCAAAUGGGACCUCAGGGAGCUUUAGGUGCUACAAAGCUUCUUAGGCCAUUUUCAGAAAUUGUUGACUCAUUAGAGCUGAAAGAUCCUUUUAUACGGAACUGGGUGGACCUUUUGGCCUUCCUUCUUGCAGGGGUGAAAUCUAAUGGUAUACUCUCGGCAGAGAUGAUUUACAUGUUUGCAGAAUGGUAUAAGCCUGGUUGCUCUCUUGAAUACCCUCUUCAUGGAAGUGGGGCUGUUGUUGAUGCUCUUGUCCGAGGAUUGCAGAAGUUUGGUGGACGGCUUUCUUUAAGAAGUCAUGUCGAAAAUAUUGUUAUUGAUAACAAUAGGGCAAUUGGAGUCAAGUUGAGAAGUGGUCAAUUUAUUCGUGCUAGAAAGGCUGUCAUAAGUAAUGCAUCUAUGUGGGAUACUUUAAAUCUGUUACCCAAGGAAGUUCUUCCAAAGUCAUACACAGACAGGAUUAACACAACACCACAGUGUGAAUCAUUCAUGCAUCUCCAUUUGGGCUUUGAUGCGGAGGGUAUACGCGAGGACUUAGGUAUCCAUCAUAUAGUUGUGAACGACUGGGAUAGAGGAGUUGAUGCAGAUCAGAAUGUAGUUUUAAUAUCGGUUCCUAGUGUACUAAGUCCGGAUUUGGCACCCCCUGGGAAACAUGUGUUACAUGCUUAUACACCAGGAACCGAACCAUUUGAAUUGUGGGAAGGACUCGAUCGCAGAAGCACCGAGUACAAACAACUCAAAGCUGAACGAUCGGAGGUAUAUAUGAAUUUGCCUUAUCUAAGUGGAUUGCUAGAUUAAUAAGGUGACUAGUUAAGACUUGGAAGAAAAAGGGUAAUGUGGAAGGCAGUGGAGCGUGCACUUGGUCCAGGCUUUAGUCGUGAAAAGUGUGAGGUGAAGUUGGUUGGAACUCCAUUGACACAUCGAAGAUUUCUUCGGAGGAACCGAGGAACUUAUGGACCAGCUAUACAAGCCGGAAAGGAUACUUUUCCUGGGCAUUCAACUCCCAUAUCACAGCUUUAUUGCUGUGGGGACUCUACUUUUCCUGGCAUCGGUGUCCCUGCAGUUGCAGCUAGUGGUGCUAUUGUUGCUAACUCGUUAGUUUCAGUGUCUCAACAUUCCCAGCUUCUUGAUGCAAUUGGAAUUUAAUUUCAUUGGUAAAGAUCAGUUUUGCAUUUUUAUAAAUUUUCUUGAUUAAUUGCUUGUACACCCUUUUCAAUAUUCCUUGUAGUCCUAAAGAUAUUCUUGUUUUUCCAAUAUAUUGAUGUAUAUGUUGCACUGCACAUUCAUAAACUGAACAUAGUCCUUUGAAUUCUGAAUUCCUAUGUACCAUAAUGAGAAACAGAAAUAAAAAUCUCUCUUUCUUUUA